AUGAAAUCUAACACAUCAAAUGCUUCUUAUGCUUUUGUGCUUGGCAGUUGCUUUGAAUCCGAAACUCAAUUUAUCAAAAGAAUUAUAGAAAAUAUAUCAAGUAGCAUAUCAAAUCGGACAGAACUAUUUGUCGCUAAAUAUCCAGUUGGAAUAGAUUCUCGUGUGAAGGAGAUAGAAUUGCUUUUGGAUACAAAUUCAAAUGGUGUUCACAUGCUAGGGAUUCAUGGUCUUGGGGGAGUAGGUAAAACUACAAUUGCAAAAGCUAUUUAUAAUAGAAUUUUUUAUCAGUUUGAUAAGAGAUGCUUUCUAGAGAAUGUUAGAGAAAGGUCAUGGACAACAAAUGGCAUAAUCCAACUACAAGAGACACUUCUUUCUAAGAUAUUACAAGACACAUAUUUAAAGGUGGACAAUAUUUCCCAAGGAAUUGAACUGAUAAUGGGUAGGCUUUGUCAUACAAGGCUUCUUUUAAUUCUUGAUGAUGUGGAUGAAUCGAACCAGAUAGAAAAUUUGCUUGGAAGAUGUGAUUGGUUUAGUUCAGGAAGUAGAAUUAUUAUAACAACAAGAGACAAACAAGUGCUAACCACGCUUGGAAAAGAUCAUCUAGUUUAUGGGGUUAAGGAAUUGAAUCAAUGUGAAGCGUAUAAACUCUUCAGUCUGCACGCCUUCCAAAUGAAUAAACCAAGGGAAGACUAUUUAGAAGUUGCAAAGCAAACUAUACAUUAUGCCAAUGGUCUUCCAUUAGCACUAACAAUAAUAGGUUCUUAUUUGUGCGGAAAAAGUAUAGAUAAAUGGGAAAAUGCAUUAGAAAAGUACAAAAACAUUCCUCACAAAAAAAUUCAAGAAAAGCUCAAAAUAAGUUAUGAUGGAUUGGAAAAAACUGAAAAGGAUAUUUUUCUCUAUGUUGCUUGUUUUUUCAAGGGAUUUGGGAAGGAUUACGUUAUAGAUAUACUAGAAACUUGCAAUUUAUAUCCACGUGAUGGUAUUUGCCAACUUAUUGAUAAGUGUCUCAUAACUGUUGAUCGAUGUGGCAUAUUAUCGAUGCAUGACUUGUUACAACAAAUGGGCAAGGAAAUCGUUCAACAAGAAUCUGAAAACCCUGAAAAUCGUAGUAGGAUAUGGUGUUAUGAGGAUGCUUAUGAAGUGCUAACUGGAAAUACGGGGACUGAUAAAAUUCAAGCAAUGAUAUUGCGUUCACCUAAACCAGUAACCAUGAAAUUGCAGGGUGAACCUUUUGAAAGGAUGAAAAAUCUUAAAUUUCUUUUUGUUGAAAAUGUACACAUUUGUGGAGAAUUUCAAUAUCUCCCUCAUGGGUUACGGUUAUUUGAAUGGCAUGAAUUUCCUUUUUCCUCCUGGCCAUCUAAAUAUUGUCCUCAAAAGCUUGUUGCGCUCAAUAUGAGUUGGAGUAUUCACAUUAGAAUGGAGACAAUAUUCGAGCAGAGUGGCAUCAGAGAGGUGCCUUCAUCAAUCGGGUAUCUUACUCAGCUUACUGGAUUAUGGUUAUAUGGUAACCACAACCUGAGGGAUCUUCCAGACAGCAUCUACAAAUUGCAAAUGCUUGAGCACUUCUCUUUUGGCAGUGCCAAAUUGAGACCACCGUGUAAUUCUUUUGAUGGACUUUCGGAAUAUGGGUUUCAAAGGUUACGGGAACUGAGAUUCGGUAGAUGUGGAAACAAAUUAGAAUUUUUGAUGAAGCCCAAUUACUUUCCCGUAUUGAGCCUUCUAGAUCUAUCUGGCAGUGAUAUUGUUAGCAUCCCUGAAAGCCUAAACAGAUUUACUACGUUAAAAAACCUUAAUAUACGUAAUUGCCAGCAGCUACGACAAAUUUUGGGGCUUCCACAAUUUAUAAGAAAAUUAGAUGCAAGUCACUGUCGGUCAUUAGAUGCACAAUCCUCAAGCAGAUUAUUGAAUCAGAUUGGAGAAAUUGUAUGUGAAGGAGAAAAAAGCGACAUAUAUGUGUAUCCAAGGUGGUUGAAUCCCGAGCUUCAAAGUAGAGAUUUGUUCCGUCGGGAUAUUAACGAUUAUCGUAUGUAUAUGCUACCGUAUACAGAGAUUCCAAGGUGGUUGAAUUCCAAGCAUCAAAGUGUUGGAAAUUCCAAGGUGGUUGAAUUCCGUGUUGGUCGCGAAUUUCCAAAUGUUUUUGCCGUCUAUUUCGCUUUUGGACUGGGGCCGCAAUUAUCCUCCUACCAUGUUUAUUUAAAUGUUUACCUCUCCAUUAAUGGUUAUGAAAAAGUUGAGAUUACUCGAUUUAUCCUAAAUCGUGAUUCUGAGGAUACAUUGGGGAUAUCUUCUAGAUCACAUCUCAAAUUGCAGAAGCUGUUGGAUGAAUCAAAUCCAUCUGAUGACAAUCACGUUAAGGCUACAUAUGAAUGGGCCGAAGAGACAGAUCGCAACAACCCUCCUUGUGAGAUUAGGUGGGGGGUCAAAGUAGAAUGUAUCUGUUGUCCUCAAAUAUCUAGUAUUUCGACUUCAAUGGCCCUUACCCUUGUUUACAACGAUUCUCACUCCGAUCUGAAUCUACCAUUAAAGAAGAGGAGAAAAUAUUGA